GCCGCCACCAUGGGUUUCGAGCUGGACCGCUUCGAUGGCGACGUGGACCCGGACCUGAAGUGCGCGCUGUGUCACAAAGUCCUGGAGGACCCUCUGACCACGCCGUGCGGCCACGUCUUCUGCGCCGGCUGCGUGCUGCCCUGGGUGGUGCAGGAGGGCAGCUGUCCGGCGCGCUGCCGCGGCCGCCUGUCGGCCAAGGAGCUCAACCACGUCCUGCCGCUCAAGCGCCUCAUCCUCAAGUUGGACAUUAAGUGCGCCCACGCGGCGCGCGGCUGCGGCAGAGUGGUGAAGCUACAGGCACUGCCCGAGCAUCUGGAGCGCUGCGACUUUGCGCCCGCGCGCUGUCGCCACGCGGGCUGCGGCCAGCUGCUGCUGCGGCGGGACGUGGAGGCUCAUAUGCGCGACGCGUGCGACGCGCGGCCGGUGGGCCGCUGCCAGGAGGGCUGCGGGCUGCCCCUGACCCACGGCGAGCAGAGCGCGGGAGGCCACUGCUGCGCCCGGGCGCUGCGGGCGCACAACAGCGCGCUGCAGGCCCGUCUGGGCGCGCUGCACAAGGCGCUCAAGAAGGAGGCGCUGCGCGCAGGCAAGCGGGAGAAGUCGCUGGUGGCGCAGCUGGCCGCCGCGCAGCUCGAGCUGCAGAUGACCGCGCUGCGCUACCAGAAGAAGUUCACCGAGUAUAGCGCGCGCCUCGACUCGCUCAGCCGCUGCGUGGCCGCGCCGCCAGGCGGCAAGGGUGAAGAAACCAGAAGUCUCAGUCUUGUCUUGCACCGGGACUCGGGCUCCCUGGGAUUCAAUAUCAUCGGUGGCCGGCCCUGUGUGGACAAUCAAGAUGGCUCAUCCAGCGAGGGAAUCUUUGUGUCCAGAAUAGUGGAGAGCGGACCGGCGGCCAAGGAAGGAGGCCUGCAGAUUCACGACAGGAUUAUCGAGGUCAACGGCAAAGAUUUAUCCAGAGCAACUCAUGACCAGGCGGUGGAGGCCUUUAAGACAGCCAAAGAGCCCAUCGUGGUCCAGGUAUUGAGAAGGACGCCCCGGACCAAGAUGUUCACUCCUCCAGCAGAGGCCCAGCUGGUGGACGCUGGCACGCAGACCGACAUCACCUUCGAGCACAUCAUGGCCUUGACGAAGAUGUCCUCGCCCAGCCCACCCGGCCUGGACCCCUACCUUCUGCCAGAGGAGCACCCCUCGGCCCACGAGUACUACGAUCCCAAUGACUACAUGGGGGACAUGCACCAGGACAUGGACAGGGAGGAGCUGGAGCUGGAGGAGGUGGACCUGUACAGAAUCAACAGCCAGGACAAGCUGGGCCUCACCGUGUGCUAUCGCACGGAUGACGAGGACGACAUCGGCAUCUACAUCAGUGAGAUCGAUCCCAACAGCAUCGCGGCCAAAGACGGUCGCAUCCGCGAAGGGGACCGCAUCAUUCAGAUCAAUGGGAUAGAGGUACAGAACCGCGAAGAGGCUGUGGCUCUUCUGACCAGUGAAGAAAAUAAGAACUUUUCUUUGCUCAUUGCAAGACCGGAACUCCAGCUGGACGAGGGCUGGAUGGACGACGACAGGAACGACUUCCUGGAUGACCUGCACAUGGACAUGCUGGAGGAGCAGCACCACCAGGCCAUGCAGUUCACAGCCAGUGUCCUCCAGCAGAAGAAGCACGAGGAAGACGGUGGGACCACGGACACGGCCACCAUCCUGUCCAACCAGCACGAGAAGGACAGCGGCGUGGGGCGGACAGACGAGAGCACGCGCAACGACGAGAGCUCAGAGCAGGAGAACAACGGUGACGACGCCAUGGCGUCCUCCAACCCGCUGGCGGGCCAGAGGAAGCUCACGUGCAGCCAGGACACGCUGGGCAGCGGCGACCUGCCCUUCAGCAACGAGUCCUUCGUGUCGGCCGACUGCACGGACGUGGACUACCUGGGCAUCCCGGUGGACGAGUGCGAGCGCUUCCGCGAGCUGCUGGAGCUCAAGUGCCAGGUGCAGGGCGGUGGCCCCUACGGCCUGUGCGACGCGGCCAAGAGCGAGCCCGAGAGCGUGGACAAGGAGCUGGAGCUGCUCAACGAGGAGCUGCGCAGCAUCGAGCUCGAGUGCCUGAGCAUCGUGCGCGCGCACCGGCUGCAGCAGCUGCGGGAGCAGGCACGGGAGCCCUGGCUGCUGGCGCCCGGCGCCUUCCGCAGCUACGCGGCCAGCGUGGACGGGCGCCGGCGCGAGCUGGCCGACAUCACCGAGCUGCCCGAGAAGUCCGACAAGGACAGCUCGAGCGCCUACAACACGGGCGAGAGCUGCCGCAGCACCCCGCUCGCCCUGGAGCUGUCCCCCGACAACUCCCUGCGGAGGGCGGCCGAGGGCGGCACCGAGGCCCACCUCCUGGCCAUCACCGAAGACCCCGAGGUCGGCGCCCCACUCUACAGCCCUUCGGCCAAAGAGCCUGAGCUCGGGCCGGCCCUGGAGGGCUCGGAGCGCAGGGCCGAGGGCAGCAGGAGCCCGCCGCUGCGCGCCGCCUGCCGGUCCUCAGCCCCGCACUCGCCCUACAAGCACGCGCACAUCCCCGCGCACGCGCAGCACUACCAGAGCUACAUGCAGCUCAUCCAGCAGAAGUCGGCCGUGGAGUAUGCGCAGAGCCAGAUGAGCCUGGUGAGCAUGUGCAAGGACCUCACCUCCGCCACCUCCUCCGAGCCGCGCAUGGAGUGGAAGGUGAAGAUCCGCAGCGACGGCACGCGCUACAUCACCAAGCGGCCCGUGCGCGACCGCCUGCUGCGGGAGCGUGCGCUCAAGAUCCGCGAGGAGCGCAGCGGCAUGACCACGGACGACGACAACCUGAGCGAGAUGAAGAUGGGCCGCUACUGGAGCAAGGAGGAGCGCAAGCAGCACCUGGUGAAGGCCAAGGAGCAGCGGCGCAGGCGUGAGUUCAUGAUGCAGAGCAGGUUGGACUGUCUGAGGGAGCAGCAGGGGGCCGAGGAGAGGAAGGAGGUGAGCAUCCUGGAACUGAGCCACAAGAAGAUGAUGAAGAAGAGGAACAAGAAGAUCUUCGACAACUGGAUGACCAUCCAGGAACUCCUGACGCACGGCACCAAGUCCCCCGAUGGCACCAGAGUGUACAAUUCCUUCCUCUCCGUGACUACUGUAUAA